CGAUCCCCAAUUCGCUCGUUCCAUCGGUGCUCCUCACUCGUCCGCGUGUCCGUGUACACGGGCACAGAGGCCUGAUUCUGUUCUGAGGGCGCAUGUCUGACCGACGACGAACGCUUGGGGAACGCGCGAGCAAGAGGGUUGCACGAGGGUUAGAGGGAGACGGGAACCCCCACCCGUUGCCACCCGCCGUCGGCAUCCGCCACUCCGCCGAGCCCUGGUCACUAGUCCGACCAGUCUACCCUGUCACGCCACGUUACGCGUAUACACACUCGUCGCUCGUCUCGUUCUUCGUUUUUUUAAAAAUAUCCCCCCUCCUCCUCCCCCUCCCCCUCGCCGUUUCGACCGUUGUUUCUCUUCCCUCGGCCAGAGAGAGAGAGAGAAGAGAUAAGAGACAAGUUCGAGAUAACCGGUUCGAAAAAGAAAGAAACAGAAAAAACAAAACGAUAUCGGGCUCCUUUUCCUCGAGAGAGAGAGAGAGAGAAAGAGAGAGAGAGAGAGAGAGAGCGGAGAGCGAGACACGUUGGAGCCGCGGGCAGCGUGACCGCGUGCACGCUUUUCCUCUCGGCCCGCAACCGGAUUCGACACAUUGUCAUUCGGACGAGUUCGAAAUAUUCGUUGGAAAUAUACCAGUUUCUUCUGGAUGUUCUUCUUGGAUGUUGUUGAACACGAAGUGAUCGAGGAGAGAGAGAGAUCUCUGAUCAGAAACUGUUUAUUUUUUUAUGAACAAAUUUACGUGGAAACGGGGGAGGAUCGUUGAACCUCGACGGAGGAGUAUAUUCACCUUUCCCCCCCCCCCCCUCUCUCUUUUCUGACUACUCGUAUACAGAAUUCGAAUUGAACGAUUGACGCGCGGCGAGGAGCGGGAGAUGCCGAGGAAAUCUUGGCAGCCGGGGUGAAAACGGGGAUAACGUAACUCGUGAUCUCCGCGGAGAUCGGCGGAGAUCGCCGCAACGUCGAGCCGAGAAAUUAAGUUUUACCGGGGGAGCUGGAAAGCCUACCGAUCGAUGCUGCCAGUCACUCGAGAGGAGUGUGUCUCGACGAGCGAGGGAGAGAGGCAGUGAUAAAGCGAGGCGCCCGUUUUCACGAAGCUGCUUUUGACGACCUCACGUGCGUCGACGGGGUCGUCGACGGUUCCCGACGCGGACGGUGACGCGUGACCUUCGACCACGGUUCACGCGUCGGUGGUGAUCGCCGGUCCAACAACCCUGGAAACUUUGAAUCCUCUCUCCGCGGAGGAGGAGAUCCGCGUGAUUGUUUUCAACCCAAAGUUUCUCGCGACGAACUCGAUCGAGAGAUGUCCGAUUUCUUGAUGCCGUGAUGUUGUUAUAUAUCUUCGUUAUGUGUUUAAUUAAGAUGAUUUGAGAGAAGGUGGUGAGAAGAGAGAGGUUUAACAGUGAGAAAAUAUUGGAAGAUUAUCUUGCUUCUCUUAUUCUUCCACGUUCCAUCCGAUCUGUGAACGAAAAACUGUCUGGUUUCGAAGCGCGGAAUGUUUGAAAAGUUUGGUCGAGAUUGAAUAACGAGACGAGAGUUUGAAACUGUUUGAAAGUGGGAAACGGCGAGGAAGAAAGUAAGAAGAGAAGAAAGUUUCUUCGCGUUUCCACGUGUUUAAGCUUCCAAGGGCCGGGGUUUUAGCGAUGACAAGGUGAGCUCGGCGAUUAAGGGGGAACAACCUUGGAUAAAGUUCAUUUUACCCUCACGUGGGUGGUUUAAUUUGAGAUAAUAUGAUCGGCGGAAGCGGUGAUGAGGAAAUUCCGUUGUCCAGGGAAAGGAGCUUAAAUUGCAAAUGCUGAUGGAUCGAGGACAUCGCCGUAUCCACGUGGCGUCGGAUCUGUUCCGGAUCGGAAUGUAAUUUUAUCAAGUAGAUCCAUGCCAUCGUCGAACGAGGUUCAGGCAAAACAUCUUUCGUCGAAUUCUCGAAUACCAUUCACGCUAAUUAAUUCGAACGUUGAGCGAACAUCUAAACAUCGAUUUAUCGUCCAAACAAUUUUCUUUUCCUUUUCCUUUUUUUUUUUUUUUUUUUCAAUGGAACAUUUGACGACACUUGGAAACGAAGCGGAAUAAUUCGAACGGAACUUUCUGCAUCGACGUUUUUAAAAAUAGAAUCCUUAUCGAUUAUCAAGUCGAGUUACGACGAAAAAAAGAAAAAAAAAGGAAUCGACACCUUGGUGGAUUAUUAAAACGAAUCUUUAAUUGCCAAAAAGAAAGCAGAGAUAGACAAUCGAUUUCUCCUUAUUAAUUUCGCACGAAUUACACAGUUAGUGAUUCUCAAGAAUCUCCUCGAAAGCAGUAGACAAUCAAGAAAACGUGUAAUCUUUCUUCGUCACAUCGGCGGAUUCAUCAUUGGAAGUCGAGCAAUCUCUCGAUCGUAGACGUACCAAAAGAAAAAAACACGAGAAGAAUUCAGCCAAGUCGAAGAAGACGCGAGCACAGCCGAGCACGAGCACGUCGAGGUGACUUAUGAUGGGCUGCAGACCGGCAGCUAAGUCGAAGGUGGUGGAAGGGUGCGGUCGCGGGCAGCUCGAGGCGGGUUUCGCGUCGCCGAGGUGUAACGAGGUGACGAUCAUCGAGCUUCCCACCGAGACGACGAUCGUUCAGAAGCGAGAGGAUCAUCGUUCGGGUCCGAGCGGCGCAGCCGGGGCGGAGGAGGAAGAGGAGGAAGAGGAGGUUGGCAAGGAGCGAGAUUACAGCUCAGAUUGGGCGAAGUCGAGGCUCGAGUCGAGUUUCAACAGAUAGCUGCCUGCCAAGCGAGGAUGCAGAGGCUGCGCUCGACCUUCAAGAGGUCGCGCACCCCUACGGGAGCGGAAAUGAAGUCGCAGUCGAGCCUCGAGGUGCCCAAGCAGGUGAGGUCCGCCUCCUUCGACGAGAUCCAAUUGGAGGUUAAGCGGCACGACGACGGGAGGGACGCCAGGUCGACCAGGACCACGUCCUCCUCGUCCUCCUCCUGCUCGCCUGCCAGGUCCCAGGACUCGUCCAGGGGUAGGCGAUCCGCGACCCUGAGGGUGCCCCAACUGCAGAGCGGCCAACGAUCGAAAAGCUUCGACGUGAGCGAGAGAGGUUACGGAUCCUCGUCCAGCCAACAAUCGUCCCUGGGAAGAGACGCCCGACUUCGCCCCGAGACCCCCACUAUUCAAGUGUCGGGUUGCUACCACUGUGCCUGCGUGGAGGAGUACAAGAGUCUCAAUCUGAGCAGGGACGAGGACGAUCCUUCGUCGAGGGAGGAGCUCGACGACGACGACGCGGAGGUGGACGAGGGCGACGACACCUCGGGCGAGGACGAUGAGGAGGACUCCGAGUUGGUGGACAGGAGCGAGGGUAGCCCCGAGAUCAGGGUCACUUUGACCACGUUCACCGACAAGGAGCAGCAGCCCGAUUCGCUGACACCCCCGCCCUCGCCGCCGCCUCUGUCGCCCACCCUGGUCCCGGAGAUCGUUUCCGAGAUGGUGCAGGAGGACACGUCGGACAUCAGGGGCGGCCUAUUUCCGUCCAGAGAACGGAGACGGUCGAUCUCCUCGCCUAAACUCGCCCGCCAAGAGGCUCUCACCUCGUACCCCGUCGAGCUGCCUACCGUGGUCAGCUCGACGGAGGACGAGGAGAGAGCGGAAGAGGAGGAGGACGAGGAGGAGGAGUUGGGCCACGGAAUCGGAUCUGGGAAAUGUAAGUUCGUCGUCAGGGAUAUCUUUCUUACUGUUCCGGAGUUGAAAAGGGAUCGGGCCGCGUCCGUCGACUCUUGCUUCAACAAUAAAAAUGGGCACAGCGAGGACACCGACACGUUGACCGUCCCUCAACAAAGUAUACGGUCGAAGAGCGUCGAUAUCGUUCUGCCUACCGAGGCGCAGACGAGAUACACGGCAUUGCUGCCCGGCACCGAGGCUCGACCUCCAAGAGGAGGGAGAGAGGAGGGUGGAACGAGUGGUGGUCACCGUGAACCCCGAUCAACGCCCGAUUGGGGUACUGGUGCACUUAAUGGAGAACAUCUUUGGGUACCGACCUCAGCUUCCGGUGACUUCUGUUACGUCAACGACUGUUCGAAACAUGGGCCCCGGAUGAAAUGCGCCGCCUGCCGAGUGGUUGCCCACGCGGUGUGUGCGGUGAGUCUAAAUUUCGCCUGUAAAUCGAGUUUCCGGGACGUUGGGGUCCGCCAAUACCGGGAACAGACAAACACUCUCCACCACUGGGUACACCGCCGCUCGCAGAAGGGAAAAUGCGCGAAUUGCGGCAAGUCGUUCCAAUCGAAGCUUAGCUUCACAUCGAAGGAGAUAGUCGCUGUGAGUUGCAGCUGGUGCAAACUCGCCUACCACAACAAGGAGGCGUGCUUCAACGUUCAGAAGAUCGGCGAGAAUUGCGAGUUGGGCGUCCAUUCGUCCAUCAUAGUGCCGCCAUCUUGGAUCGUGAAGCUGCCCAGGAAGGGCAGCUUCAAGAGCAGCCUGAGAAAGUCGCCCAGGAAGAAGAAGUCGGGGGGCAGCAGCAGCAGCACGUCGAGCAGGAAGAAGUCGAAGGAUAAGGAGAAGGAGCAGGAUAGCAAGGAUCAGGGGAAGUUGUGGGUGGUGAAACCCAUACCCACGCCCACCGUGAAACCCGUGUUGGUCUUCAUUAACCCGAAAUCGGGCGGUAAUCAAGGUGCGAAGCUGUUGCAGAAGUUUCAGUGGCUGCUGAAUCCGAGGCAGGUGUUCGAUCUGACUCAAGGCGGGCCCAAAAUGGGGUUGGAAUUAUUCAAAAAAGUUCCUAAUCUUCGUGUUCUCGCGUGCGGUGGCGACGGUACCGUCGGCUGGGUCUUGUCCAUCCUUGAUCAAAUCGGCGCAUCCCCACCCCCAGCAGUAGGCGUGCUUCCCCUAGGAACCGGAAACGAUCUGGCCAGGGCUCUAGGAUGGGGUGGUGGUUACACGGACGAGCCGAUCGGGAAAAUUUUAACAAACAUAGGGGAGAGCGAGACGGUGUUGCUGGACAGGUGGCAGUUGGUCGUCGAGAGGAAUCCUGACGCGCAGGGCGACGACGAUAACGGAAAGGGCAAAGAGAAUCUACCUCUAAACGUCGUUAAUAAUUACUUCUCCCUCGGUGUGGAUGCUCAUAUCGCUCUUGAAUUUCACGAAGCUCGAGAGGCGCAUCCAGAGAGAUUUAAUUCACGAUUACGGAAUAAAAUGUUUUACGGUCAAAUGGGCGGUAAGGAUCUCGUGCGACGGAAGUGGAAAGAUCUGUCGGAAUUUGUCAUGUUGGAUUGCGACGGUCAAGAUUUGACACCGAAACUGAAGGAGCAUCGUGUUCACGCCAUAGUUUUCUUGAACAUUGCCUCGUACGGUGGUGGAACUCACCCUUGGGGCAGCGCGAGCGGAACCAAAGAACCAUCGACGGAAGAUGGACUGAUCGAGGUCGUCGGUUUGACCACGUACCAGCUUCCGCUUCUUCAAGCAGGUGGCCACGGUACGUGCAUUGCUCAAUGCAGCACAGCUAAGCUGGUUACCACGAGGACCAUUCCAAUGCAGGUCGAUGGCGAGGCUUGCCGACUGUUACCAUCCAUCAUAAAUCUAAAAUUACUAAAUAAAGCAACAAUGUUAGCGAAACGAAGAAGUUCGAGCAAACCGCAACAAGAUGUCAAACUGGAAAGAUUAAAAUUGCCGGUGAUGAAGAUCAAGAUGUCAGAUUACGAGAGAUAUCAUCAUGAUAAGGAUAUGUUGAAAAAAUCCGCUAUCACGUGGAUUGUGGAACCGCUUGAUCUUGACGCUACCACAGAUUUGGAAUCUUUAAGAAAGAUCCUGGCGAAAAACUAUAACAUGGACACUUGUUGCUUCCUCGAUUCAUGCACUGCGGAACGAUUCUUCAGAAUCGAUAAAGCUCAAGAGCAACUCCAUUACGUGACCGAUGUAGCUGUCGAAACGGUGUAUGUUCUCGAAGAGAACGCAAAUCAAUCGAACGAAUCCGAAGAAGCGAAGAUAUCUAUGAAUCAAAAAUCGGAUACUAGCGUACCACCAAGCGAAGAACAAACAAAGAAAAAUGCAGCCAUGACAAAAGAGCAGCCCAAAGAAGAGAAAAAAGAGCAGCCCAACGAAGAGCAAAAGGCGGUGCCUAAAGAAGAACCAAAGGCGCAGCCUAAAGAAGAACCAAAAGCACAACCAGAUACGGAACCGCAGAGUGCACCGCCUGAAACAUCAACUAAAACAAAGACAGAGGUCGUGAUUCCAAAAUCUCAUGAACCAAUGAGUAAUAACACGUCUAAAGAUGUAUCUCCAAAUAUGAAAAAGGAGGGGAACAUAUCUGGAGACGCGACCAAACAAAGCAGUUCCUCAAAAUCGAUCUCUGCGACGGUUGCCUCUCAGUCGCAACAUCAAACACCACCCACCUUCAUUAGUCCACGAGAUAGACUUUUUGGUCUGAGUUCUGAAGUUCACACCUUUAACACGGGGUUACUGGAGAAAACCAGUGAUGGUAUUUUGAAAGCAGCGAAAAUAGGCGAUCUACAAGCUUUGAAGGAACUUCACGAGAAAGGAUAUUCCCUUCUGUCAAUCGACUCCACUGGACAAACUGCUCUACACUUGGCCUCGAGAUAUGGCCAUAAAAAUAUUGUCAGAUAUCUCAUCGCUUGUGCACCACCAACUAUUCUCAAUAUGAUCGACAAUGACAAAGGUCAGACCGCUCUGCACAAAGCGGCUCAAUAUAAGCGUCGUUCCAUUUGCUGCAUGUUGGUAGCUGGUGGUGCUACUUUAAUCAUCAAGGAUCGACACGGCAACUCACCUCGCGAUCUAGCCCUACAAGCAGAGGACCGUGACCUCGCAGCGUAUUUAAGCAGUCAAGAGCAGUUCCAGCUGACAACGGAAGAAAUGGAGAACUCCCUCUGACCUCCGCCCUUAAUUAGUAGGGCUUGAAUUGAUCCAGUCUGUAGGAACAUCAAGAGAAAUGAUCCAGGUGUGAACGAACAACGAUCGUCACCAACAACGGUCAUCAAACGAUACACGUUCGUUUUCUCUGUUUUUUUGCGUAAGUCGCAUGUGAUAACUCGAUUAUUCCUUUUAUCGGCAAAUUAGCGAUGUCGACGUAUAUUUAUUAAGGUGCUCUCCAUUUCCUUUCUCGUCGAAGUUUCGAGAUCCCUUUCCACGAACGCGUAAAUUAAUUAUAUAACAUUCUGUAUAGAUAAAUUAAACAUAUAUAUACACAUAACACGUGUACACGCGUGUUGUGAGAUUAGAAAUUUUUCGAUCGAUUAACAGCCUCUAUACAUAUAUACAUAUAUAUAUAUUUUUAAAUCGUAUUCCAAUUAGACGAGAAAUUUAUUUAUUAUUGUCUUUUGAGUCUCGUCUUACCAACGAAGAAAUCACGUAAAUGUUUAUAUUCACCGAUUUUUUUUUCAGUUGAAAUUAAUUGUAUAACAAUAUGAAUGCCGAGAAGUUAACGCGCGUGCGGAUGAAACAGGCAAAAGAAUUUUUGCUCAUUGCUGUUAUAAAAUCGUACUCGUGAAUUUUAAAAAUAUGAUAAAUAUUCUCAGAUGACCCAAGAAGAGAAACCGAAUUAGUGAGAGAUUAGGAUUAAAGGAGAAUGAUUUGAUCGAAAAUUAAUUAAUUAUAGUUAAACAUCAUAAAGACUAAUCUUCACUGUAUUGUUCUUGUUUAUAUGAUUUUUAUUUUAUAUUUUUCUACGUUUCCAUUUCUAAAUAUUACGAGUUUUGACAAAUUAUAAGUAAAUUGUCCCUAUUGUAUUGAAUUUGUAGUGUUGUUGUUCCAUAAUAACGUAGACACAGAUUUUUACAUUUUUCGCGACUAGUGGCGCCAUUACCUUCCUUAAAUGCGAAGGAUGCAUAAGUAUAUAUAUAGGUUAGUGUUCACAGAGUUGGGCAGAAUUUUUUUGUUCCAGUUAUUUAGAUCAUUGAGACUGUUAGAGGAUCGUUGAUUCACGUUAGAAAUUUGUUUUUAUGCACAUUGUGCGCAUCGUUACGAUCGUUGUUCGGGUAAGAUUUUUUUCUUUUUCGAUUCGAAAAAAAAAAAAAAGUUAUUCGUAAGAGGCGUAUUCGAAAAAUUUUGUUAUAAUCACGUGAUAAUCGAAGGAUGAAGAUAAAAUAUAUUUAUCGCCAUGGUUAUUUGUUGAAUUUUAUCGAAGAGAAAGAAGUUCUAUCCGACUCUGCUGGUAUCCCCAAGCGUUCACUUUAAUAUCUCGUUAUAUUGUUCUCUCCGCUUGUUCUAGGAUACCUCGUUGCAUUGGAUAUACAUAUCUUUUUCUAUAAAAAAAAAAAAAAGUCUCGCGUUAAUAUACAUAUAUAUAUUAUACAUAUACAUAUAUUUUCUACGUACGUUAAAUACUGAUAUAAUAUUUAUUGUUCUUAAGAUAAAAAGAUUUCUUCACGAUGCUGUUUUAUUCUUAUCCGUGAACAUUCGUUGCACUUCUUGCCACUGCUUGGAUAUACAUGAGAAACACGUGAUUUUAUAUACAAGCUAAAGAAAAAUGAACAGUUAUGUAAAAAAAAAUCGGAUAGUUGGAAAAUACUUUCGAAUUUUCAUGCAUAUCGGUGUGAUAUAAUUUAACGUGUUUGCAUAUUCGUCUGAAAUAUAAUUGUUAGAUAUAUCGUUUUCGUGAAUCAUUUAUAAUAUCUAAAUAAAAUCACGGAAUUUAGGGAAAAAAUGUGCCAAUCAAUCGAUGAAUCAGUGGAAACUUAAAUCACGUUUGCAUUACUUCUUACGAUGAUAUAAAUUAAUAAAAAAACAUAUUCAAUCUGUAAUAUUUCAAAGAAUCUUCAAUUCAAGAUACAUUUUUACGUAAAUAAUUUAUUCUCUUUCGAAAUCAUUUAUAUUUGUUUCUAUAUUUUUCGAUUCGAAAGUAAUUCGUAAUAAUUUUUAAAUCAUAAAAAAUAUUUCUUAAAAAUUUUAUUCGUGCAUUGUAAACACGACUUAAGAUUUGCAUUAUCCAUUGUUAUACACCGAUCGCGUUAAAAAUUCGAAAGAAAUAAAAUCUCUAAUGUACCAAGCAGUGAUGUUCACCUAUUUAAGCGAUAUUAAAUCGAUUGAGAAAUGAAAAGAAGCAGAGAUCGGAUGAAGGAUCGGUCGAUGAUACAAAAAAAAAAAAGGAUAAGAGAUCGGGAAGAAGAAUUAUCAUAACUCGGUACCAAAAUGAAAAAGGGGAUCAACGUACGAACACCAAUUAGCUCUUAAAAAAAAGACGGUCUAUCGUCGCUUAUUAUUAUUAUACUAUUACUAGACUAUUCUAAUUUUAUUGUCGAAUUAUAUCGUAUAACGUAUAUAUAGUUACUCCUUCGAGCAUUAUUCGUCCUAUGGACAUGGUGAAAUCGUUUUUGAACAAAAUGAAGCCACAAUGAUAUAUAUAUAUACAUGUAGAUAUAUGCGAGGUAAGUUAUCCAUGUUGGACACUCGCGAAUCCAUGUUUAAUAUCAUAUUCUCGACUAGAUUCACGUUAGCGAAGUUCAAGUAUUUAAAUAACCACUUACGACAAAUUUAUUAUUAUGGAGAAUAAUAGUUUCUUAUUUCGUCAAACGUGUCAUGUAUAUAUACACAUAUAUAUAUAUACAUUCAUAUAUAUAUAUGAAUGUAUGUAUGUAUAUAUAUAUAUAUAUAUAUUCUUUUUCGCGCUUUUCUCAAGGGAAUCAUCUUUAAUCCCUCGUUUUCAAUUAUAUAACGAUCUACAUAUUUUUAUUAUUAUUAAUGAUCGAGGAAAAAAAAUGAUCCAAAGGAUUCGUGUGAAACGAUUCAACGAUUUCACGUUCUAGUUGUAUAUAUAUUCAUUCAUAGUUCUCGUAAGGAGAAAACUCGACUCUUAUCAAUUAAUAACCGACGUACGAUCGAUGUUCAACGUAUAAAUGAAAAAGAAAAAGAAAAAAAAAAAAAAAGAUUCUCUA